AUGUUCAGAAAGAAGCCUCCUCCAGGUCAGUGCCCAACACCAAUGACACCAAACACUUUGACAGGCUCUGAUAAAGCUAGUUUUCUUAACUGGUGCCUUGAUUAUCUUGAAUUUGAAUAAGCUAGAGCUCUCCAAAAGAAUUACUUUUACAAUGUGUCGAUCUGGAAUAACCUUGGGUUUAAGUAAUGGCUUUGUUGAUUUUUGUCCAUUGCCACGUUGAAUUCAAACGGUUGAAAAACACCAAGUCAUCAAAGCUAUAGAGUUGUACAACUAUCUUUAUAUGCCAUUCAAUGUUUAUAUUUAAAAAAAAAAAAACUAAAGAGAAGGAUGCAAAAGCAGACCAGACGUGAAGUCCAGUUACUGAACUCCUGAAUUAUGCAGCUGAAACUGUGCUUUUAAAUCUGGGGGUCAAAGGGGGGUUUCUUAUAUUUGGAGCCUCAGGUUGAAAAACUGCAGAUCUUGGAACUUCUGAGUUGGCUUGAUUUAUCAACUCUUAUUGGACAGAUAUAUUGACUAGGACUUGUGAAGUCUUAAUUGCCUUUCCCUGAUUAAACAUGUUCUUAAUAACUCUAUUGUAUUUUAAUAAGGGAUGCAAAAUGAAUGUAUUGAGAAGAGACUUUUGUCUUUUUAUCAUCUAAACAGGCUCUGAUGUGCAUUACAUCAAGUAAACAAUGGCCACAGAGGGAAUUUCUGUUACAUGUUUGAUCCACAUACAGUAGCGAGAAUAUUUAUCUCAUCAUGAGUACCAAGUCACAGUUGUACAUGCUGUGCAGCAUAUACUGUUAAAUCCUGGAAAACAGUGUAACAAGGUGAUGCUGAAAAUAAGAUGACAGAGUGUAGGGGGAGACUUUGUGGUAUAUAUUUUGGUCAUGGAGGGUAAUUUGCUUGAUUAGACAGUACUCCUAUAGCAGCUAUCAUCUUUUAAAAUCAUGCCCAGGGUCUGAAACGUGCAUAUUGUUGUCAUGCAUUAUUAUGGUGUUUCCGGUUGCAAGUUACAUGAAUUUAAAUAAUCUGAGAUAUUGUGGUCAUUUUCACAGCUCUCUUACAGACUAACAGUACUGUGGACAGUAGAUAGUGACAUCAGGAGAGUGAUAGGGUCAUGUUUUAAGUUGUCAUAACGUUAACUAUGCAACAGUACCAGACGGUAUGGAUUUUUCACUUUAAACAUCUGGGAUUUAAUACUGAUAUGAGUUUCUCACCCUGAGCAUGACGCCACAGAAAGAUGGUCAUCACCACUGUGGGAAUACGGUCUGUGACGAUCUCAGGUGGGGCACUACGUAUAACAAUACAAGCUUUAAACAGAAUAAACAGUGAUGUUGACAAGUUCAAUCAUGUUAUAACCACAAGUAAAAAUCUUCACAGAGAAUCAAGGAUGUACAACUGUGAAAUUUGAUUAUAACGCUGUUCAAAUACUGUCUGCAAAAUACUGUCUACUGUGCGGCUGUAAUCAAUAGCCAAUGAUAUCAUGUGCAUUUGACUGUGCUCAGCUGAUUCCGUGCAGUGUGUAAUAUGUAGGUUUAGGUUUUUCUUCAGUUUUUGAGGACAAGUUUGUCGCCCCUUUUCUUUUACUCCGUCUCAGAUCUCUUCUUAAAAUAAAAGGCUAUAUGAUGUCUAAACAGUCUCAUGACCCUUCAAUUACAAGCAUGACUCAAUAUGAAGAAGGACAGACUAUAACUAGAGGAACACUUAGUAUGACUCCGCCAUUUGUGCAUCUGUUGUGAUGGUAGACUAUGCUUUGUCAGCUCCUAUACAUUUUCAUGCAUGUAAAGUAAUCUUUAGGUGAAGUGUGCACCCGGCAACCUUUAAGGCACCGGCACGGGGCUGGCCGCGCAGCACGUGCUCGGGCACCUGUCUGGACCUGCCCACUGCAGUGCCUUCUCUAUUUACACGCACGGGAUACCAAGCAGCUGCACGAGCGGACCUGGUAGAUCCAAAAUGGCACCCCAGUUUCCAUCUUUGUAUCCAGCCAGCCGCUCAGCUGUGAGUGCGCCCCGCAGAGGCAGUUGCCAUGGCGACAGCUAUUUACGUGAUUACGUAAUGGUUAUAGGGGACAGUGUUUAUGGUGGGGAUGGGACUCCAAGUGAUGAUGCAGGCGUUGCACGUGCACGUGAGUUGAUCGAUUAGGCGUGCGGAGCAACUUAACAGGCUACUUCUUGCAUAUCAAAGGGAUUGGAAAUUCUUGUUGUUGGAUCGGCAGUCGAUCAAUUUCAUAAAUCCUAACCCGAUCCAGCUUUUUCCCGGUCGACGAAUUGAUCUGCAGUCAGGACUGACCUUAUCACAACAAUGACCUCAGUGUUUCUGCAGCAGGAGAGAGAGAGAGAGAGGGAGAGAGAGAGAGAGAGAGAGGUGCACCUUCUGAGUUUACGCGCGUGCAUGUGUGUGUGUGAACGCGUGUAUUGGAGGCACAAACAGAGAGGCAGGGAUGGGACGGGGUGGCUGUUUGCUCAGUCCAACUUUAGUGUGAAGUUGAGAUCAGAGCUCCCGUGACGCGCGGAGAUGCGGCGAUCUCCCGUAUCUCCAGUUUGACGUGAAUUUAAACUGUGACUGUUCAACAAAAAGUCACGAUGACAAUACCGAAAGACAUCCCGGAGAAAUGGUUCCCUCUCGUUCUCCCAUUGCAAAGAAAGAAAGAGAAGGGACUGAUUGGAGCCAAAGGGAAAACGAGCCGGACAGGUAACGAGAUUGAACGACCUCUAAAAUCAUCAGCUUCACAUUGUCACAGUCUUCACCUUCAUCAUCAUCAUCAUUAUAACCAAGAUUGUACCUGCCCAUCUUACUUCACCAUCAAGGCUGAACCAAAGUUUCAUUUACCUCCAUUUCAAGCCUUGUCAUCACCUCAUCUGUGGUGGUCUUUUACCCCCAUUAUUAUAUGUAACUAUGAACAAAGAAGUAAAAGUGCGACCCGGAUUGUUUAUACUCCUUAACUGACUGCUGCCAACCAGGGUCACUUUGUCAUUCUUGUGAUUUAGUCCUGUGCCACAAAAUCAGGGGGUUAUUUUCCUGAUAUGACUCAGAGUCAAAGCUGACAACUCUGUGCAUCUGUGUUUACAAAACUGUGUUCAUGUGAGUGAAUUUUUGGUAAAUAAAUGGGAUGGUGCCCUUGCCUCUGCAGCCUGAGACACUGAUCAAUCUUGCAGGCGCCAGCCUCGGCUAUUACUGCACUGCCUCAUCUGUAUCCGUACUCCCUAACAAUCAGAAAUCACACUGCAUGUGCACCUUCAAUUGACCUCCAGCCCUCCAGUCUGUGUCACCUGCAUCCUAUUCCAAAUCACAAAUGAGAUCAUGCACUGUCUGAGUGUGUGUAUGUGUGUGUAAGUGUGUGUGUGUGCAAGUACUGACUGCAGACUAUGCCAUCUUCAUUUAACUUAAUCAGCUGCAGUGAGUGAUGAUCACUCCUGCGCAGAUCCUGACUUAGCUUUAUUCACGGCAGGGAUAAAAGCUUUUCCCAUAGUACAGUCUGACUGUGCGCUUCGGUCACUGUUGUUAUGACUCAAAUCUGUGUUCACUGUGUUUCUAGAGUGUGUGUCACUUAUGGAGACAUAAGGGGAGCUGUGGCACGUGUACUCUUUCACAUGUCCAUGCAGGGGGGGGCGGAGUUUAACUAGGUAGGGGGUAAAUAAAGGAAAAAGAAGAUGCUUAAGUCUGUCUUUGUUCUAUGAAACUGUAUUGAGUCUUUUAGUUUGGAUCAAUACUUUGUGUCUCAGUUGUUUAUGAAAUCCUUUAAUCUACAGCAGAGUUAGCCCCCACCUGAAAGUUCCCUGAUAAUGGUGCUUUAUAGAUUCAUGCAGACUUGCUGUGAAGCAUCUGGUCUGCGUCAGGGCUCCAAAUGCCCUUGAAGCUGUCAGACACAUUAAACACUUAAUGGGCAGUUUGCUAAAGAUGCUUGUGCAUCCACGUUGGUCAGCAAGCACAGGAGCGGGAGGGACAGACACCACCUGCUCCUGACAUCAGAUGCUUGGAAGUUCAGUGUCUCUAUGCUGGCACAAGCAUCUCUUCACCGGGGGUUAAUGCAGCUUUGGCACCACCCGUCAUUCUGAUCACGCUGCCCUGGAAAGCGAUGUAAUGUCCUUCAGGUGGACAGGAGAUGUGCCAGAGGUGGACAGGAAAGAGAGGGGUUGGAAAAGAUUCAACAGAGUGGAUGUUAGAGGAUGAUGUUCACCUGACGAUAUGACAAAUCUGAUAUUGCUUCAUGAACCAGUUGAGAAAAGAGGAGCUAUCGAAUGUCAUUAAACCAGAGCCUGAGUGCUAUGAUGCAACUUUAUACGUACACUUUAGGUCUGACAGCUGCAACAUGCGAUCAUUAAUAUGAACUUUAAACAAAUGCUGCAUCCCCUCCCUUUGGACGAAAAGGGCAGGUUUCUCAUAAGCUUAGGGAUACAUUAAAAAACACCACAUCUAUUUGGAUAACACACACACACAAAUUCACAUAAAAACUCUGUAAAGCUUCGUUUUAUAAGGACUACAAUGUUCUCAAUAGUGAGGCCAAAACUAAACACAUUCGCUGCACGCUUAGGUCAAGAAGUAGGUGUCCUCUCUAAUGUGAUAAAUAGACCAUCUGACAACUUGUCCCCGUCGUCUGGUGAAGGAAACCAGGACACUACCUGGUAUUUUGGGACUCAUGAAGAAAUAUCACAUUAGAAGUUUUGACCCUGCUUGAUUCUGAUCGGUUGGUGACCAAGAAGCCACGUAUCAGGUUCUGUUUGGAGUUGCAGUUGUUGAAGAUUUUGCAUCUCAAACUGCUCUCCCACUGUGACGGGAAAGUUAAGAUUAUUUACAGCCUGCAGUCUGCUAGUUUAGUUGUGCUUCUGUUAAGAAUUCUGGUGUUUCGUCAUGAGGAAAUGUAAUUAUUUUUUAUUUUUAUUCUUUAAAAUGAAUAUGACUUCCUUAUGUAAUGUUACUGUUUUUCUUUUUUAUUUCUGUGUCUUUGUGGCUGAAUAUUAGUAUGAUGUGUGUAUGAUGUAUAACUGAUAUGUAAGGUGUUUAACAUGCUCAUUGAGUUCAGACAUACAUGCCUGGUAAUUUAAUUGAUUAAUUUAUAUGCACAAUAUACAAGGUUAAUCUUUAUGUAGUGUAUCAAUAAUUUGUCGCUGGGUUACUCUUUUAAGACCAUUCUUGUAUGAACAUCGUACAUCAUUUUUGCAAUAUAAAAUAAGAAACCAUUUUUUAGAUGAUGUUGCCCAAACAUUCAGUCUCACCAUCAAUCGUUUUCUCCAGCUUUUAGCCUUUGAUUGCAACAAAAAACGCCUGACACUGUCUUACAGCCUGAUGCGAAAGGAAAGCUCAGAGUGUAUUGAUUUGAGUGGCCUGUGUUAUUUAAGUCUCGCUGAACAUACAGACAUAAAGAUGUCCCCUGAGUUGUUAGUAGAAAAAGGCGAGAGGGGGUUUCACAGCGCAGCAGAAACACAGGAAACCACAGAUCUUUGUUUAUGUGCGUGCAUGUGAUUGAAUUGGCAGUAGUCUCUGCUGGUUAUUUGUUGUCCGUUCCUGUGGCGCCUCAUUGCCUCGUAGUCAUCAGUCAAAAGUGUGUUAGAGAUUUUAUGGGUUUAGAGCUGCACAAAAGGACCCUUCUGCGCAAAAUAUGCUUUAGACCUGCAUUUUGUAACCGUGGGUGUGUGUGUGCGGGUAAACGGUAUGGUCCCGUGCAAAACAGGGCAGUCAUUUCAUUUAAAAAGCUGUCUCAUCAAUAUUAGAGGAGGCAGGCCUGGAGGAGGAGGAGGAGGAGGAGGGGAACUCCAAAAGUCUUUUGCAUCAGCAUUUACAGAAAUCUAAAAAACAGCCGAAAGGUUAAAGAACAGGGUUAGAAAGAACUGCACUAUAGAAAUGUGACUGUCUUCCUUUUAUUUACCUUUUGGUUGAAGUUUUAACAUCAGUGUAUAGCCUCAGUCUAGAUAAAACAUCAGGGUAUUUACUGGCAUCUGCUGAUCAGAGGUCAGAGAAAAUUGUUCCACUUAUUAGUUCUGGUGUGUGCUUAUUCAAGACAGAAUAACUGAGUGUGACAGUCUGUCUUCAGUGAUAAGACUCAAACAACCUCGAUCAGGCACUCCAGAUUCAUUGGUUUAUGAAAAAAUAUACAAACAGUGCAGACCCUCCUCCUCCUCCUUCUGUCUGUCUGUUUCUGUGUCACUGCUGAUAAAAACCUCUAAGAAUCACACCUGGGCUUUUGGACACAUAUGUGUUCUUGUUAUGAUGAUACCACUAAAUGAUUAAAUCUGUGUCUUGUGUUUUGCAGAGGAGGAAAGAAGAGUCAGAGCCAAUGACAGAGAGUACAACGAAAAGUUUCAGUAUGCAGUAAGAGAGAUUUGUUUCUACUGUAAAUGUUUAAGGACAUGAAGUCUAAAUAAGAAAGAAAAACAUCAGUGAAUUACUUUGAUUUCUUUUUCUCUUCUUUAUUCAGAGUAACUGCAUUAUGACAUCCAAGUACAACAUCAUCACCUUUCUGCCCGUCAACUUGUUUGAGCAGUUCCAGGAAGUAGCCAACACCUACUUUCUUUUCCUGCUCAUACUACAGGUGGGAUAAAUGGGAAAUGAAAACAUGAAGUGAAGAGGAAGAGAGAAUCUGUACAUGUGUCUGAUCUUUAACCAAUGUGUCUGUCUGUCCUUUUGCAGUUAAUACCUCAGAUCUCUUCCCUCUCCUGGUUCACCACCAUCGUGCCUUUAGCUUUGGUGCUGAGCAUCACUGCAGUAAAGGAUGCCACAGACGACUACGUAAGCGCACCUCAUACAGUGCUCGCAUGUGGUCAGACAAAAUGAAAUACGAAACAAACUUAUGCCCCUUGGCGAAUGGUUAGCUUUGAGUCACAUGAAAAGUUCACACUCAUGUACGUCUCUUACAGUUUCGCCACAAGAGUGACAACCAAGUAAACAACCGCCAGUCUCAGGUUCUCAUCAAUGGCUCGUAAGUCUGUUAGAUUUCAGCUGCAAAUAAGUGCUUACAGAUGCUGCUUCUUAAUUAUUAAAGCUGUAAAGUUAAGUUUAGGUUUUCUCAUGUUUCAAACUUUAAAUCUUUGUUUUUUUUUUAUCCUGUCUCUUUUUAUUAUCUCUGUCAGGAUACAGAGUGAAAAGUGGAUGAAUGUUCGAGUGGGUGAUAUCAUUAAACUGGAAAACAACCAGUUUGUGGCAGUGAGUGUUUCUCAAAUCUCCAUACAUGCACACACACACGCACCUCACUUAGUUUUUGCAUCUGCUGUAUACAUACUUUGUCUCUUUAGUGAUCGCCAUCUGGGCAUUACUAAUUUGCUCCUGUGCUACCUACACAUAGGAUGCUAACCUCAGCUUUUGUAUCUAUUUUCAGGCUGACCUGCUCCUCUUGUCCAGCACUGAGCCUCAUGGGCUCUGUUACAUCGAGACAGCCGAGCUGGACGGGUCAGAAAAUGCACCACACUUUGUCAUCGACUCACAGUACUUCAAAAAUCUGCAGAAGCAACAGGAUAGUCCAUCUAAACUGCUGCGUGUUAUUAUUAUCUUGCAGAGAAACCAAUAUGAAGGUGCGUCAGUCCGUCUCAGUGACAUCUGAACUCGGGAACCAGAACAACUUGGCUUCUUUUGAUGGUGAGAUUGACAAAACUGUUCUGCUGUUUAGUCCUGGUUUGGUUGUUCACGUCUCAGUAAUCUGAAGGUCAACUCCUCUCAUCCUUCACACCUUCGCUCAUAAACAAUAAACGCAAGCGAAACAUGCCUACACACAUACUUUUUUUUUCGCCCUCUCCUUCCAGCAUUGAAUGACAACCUUUUAUCACCCGCCCACUAGCACACACAGUGCAAGACCUCAUGUGUCAGCAAAGCGCGCCCCCACACACACACACACACACACACACACACACACACAUAAUUCUCACCUGCUGUAGAAAAUGCACCGCUGCAGAAAAUCAACUUACACUCAGCCUCAUAUCAAUUUACAAAAGGAGCGUGUUUCUGCAUUUGGGUUCGAGCGAUUAUGACGUGAUUUCAUAUCGUUGACUUAAUCAAUUCUCAAUAAUCAAGCGAGGGGAAUAAAACAUAGUAAAUUGUACUCUUUAAAUUUGUGUUUUUAAAGGUGAGGUUGUGUGUGAGCCCCCCAACAAUAAGCUGGAUCGUUUCUGUGGGACUCUGUACUGGAGAGACAAAAAAUACACCCUGACCAACCAGAACAUGCUCCUCCGAGGAUGUGUUCUUCGUAACACAGAGGCCUGCUAUGGCCUUGUCAUCUUCGCAGGUCUGUGUGUGUGUGGGUUCUCGUGUCUAGGUGUGUUUAAGAUGAGCGUCAAAGACCUGACUGUGCUCCUCUUCUUCUCACCCAAGGCCCUGAUACCAAGCUAAUGCAGAACAGCGGUCGCACCAAGUUUAAGCGCACAAGCAUCGAUCGUUUGAUGAACACUCUGGUCCUCUGGGUAGGACACCCCAAACCUCUCACUUUCACAUACAGUAACUAUUUCAGGACAUGAUAUCAGCAGCUUCAGUCCAGUCUCACAUAUCUGCUUUAAUAAUGUAUCCCAUCCAAACCUGGCCCUAUGAUUUCUGACUGUACAUCCAGUGACCUCACUCUUGUUCAUUCUGUCUGUCUUUGUGUCAGAUCUUUGGCUUCCUGGUGUGUAUGGGUGUUAUUCUGGCUGUGGGCAAUGCAGUGUGGGAAAGAGAGGUGGGUUCGCUGUUCCAGAGCUACCUGCCCUGGGAUCCCCCUGUGGAUAACUUCCUGUUCUCAGCCUUCCUCUCUUUCUGGUCCUACGUCAUCAUUCUCAACACCGUGGUGCCUAUCUCUCUGUAUGUCAGGUGAGGACGUGUUCAAGGGAUGAGAACUGAGAAGAUUUAUUAGUACUGAUGCGAUUGUUUAUGCUACUCAUUGAUCCAAUGGUUAAUUGAUUCCCUACACUCCCUUAUACAUAAAUCAUGACAGAUUACUCUGGUUUUUGUAUCUGGCAGUCUCUUAAAGUACACCGAACGUCUCUGUGGGAUAGAAAAGCCCCUGGAUGUCACGGAAACACAUUAAAUUAGUAUCACCAGAAAACCGUUAUUCACAAAGUGACUGUAAAUUUUUGACAAUUAAAGAAACAUUCCGGAGUUAAAAUUAAUUUAGGGUCAAACACACCGCGACACUGAGUAAGACACCCCCUCGAGAGAUGAAUGUUGCCGACUGCUUGCUUCUCUAAUUAUACCAACUUUAGUAACGACCGCAGGAUAGCAAUUCAUCUCUCGACGGGGUGUCUAACUCGGUGUCGUAGUGUGUUUGACCCUAAAUUAAUUUUACGCCGGAAUAUCCCUUUAAAUCAAUAACCAAUAAGCAAACUUGAUUGUUGAACAUCUUAGCGAAUUUAACUAAAGUCAGUAGUUGGAAGGUUCAUGUUGACAAAUGAAUUAAAUUAACAGUUAGCUCGUUUUCUGUCUGUCGUCAAAUGUGUAUAAAAUAAUAGAUCUGCUUAAAGUUGGAUGAUUUAGUCUGCUCUGUCAUUGUCUCUCACACACAUGUGUGUAUUUCAGCGUGGAGGUGAUCAGACUGGGUCACAGCUACUUCAUCAACUGGGACCAGCAGAUGUUCUGUUCACAGUGUAACACAGCAGCUGAAGCCCGGACCACCACUCUGAAUGAGGAGCUGGGACAGGUGGGCAUCUCCACUUUGACAAUGUAUACAACCUGUUUGUGGUAUUUACAUUUAGUGUGUUAUUCCUUCACCUUCUUUCAACCAAGCUGUUUACUGCAUGAAGUUAAGUUAUUUGAUUUAUCCAAAGACGCUUUUAAAAGGGCGUUUAUUUCAGUGCAGGCCUCAGUAAAAUGAAAGUCAAGCAGAAUACACCCAUGGACAAAAACGUGUCUCUAUUUAAGAGAGGAAAGCUUCAUGCAAUGAUUUUAAGAAUAUUAAUUACUCAUUGUUACAAGCAACAUUUACCUGAUUGACCUUUUUAAGCAUAUGAAUAUUGUGAAUCCCACUCCUUAACUUAUGAUAUUUGCAUCAGUGUUGUCAUUAAAGAUUCAUUCUUACCAUUCAGUUUGUUUCCUUUAGGUUGAAUACAUCUUCAGUGACAAGACUGGCACCCUUACGCAGAACAUCAUGAGCUUCAAUAAGUGCUCCAUCAAUGGACAGACUUAUGGUAAAUGCUCACAAACGUGCACUCUGCAUCGAUUUCACUCGAGUAUUCUUCCUUUGGUUACAUUGCUAGAAAAGUUUAACUUAAAAUAAACUGAAACUGAAAAUUAAAGGCACCAUAGAGUUAAACUUUAUUGCAGUGAAGUUGUUUUCACUUUCAUACAAAAAUGCCACGGCGCAGUCUCACACAUCUGUUUCUUUCAGGGGAAGUGGCAGACCCACUGGGACCUCAACCAAAAGUGAGGAGAUAAUUAUAUCCUUACUAAGACAUACUUCUACACUCAUCCAUCCACCUGUGUAUUUAAAUCAUUUUGACCUUGUCUGUUUAUCAUCAGAGAUUGGACUUUACCCCCUUCAACCCCCUGGCAGACCCUGACUUCUGUUUCUAUGACGACACUCUUCUGGAAUCAGUGAAAGUGGGAGACUCUCACACCCAUGAGUUUUUCCGCCUGCUCUCUCUCUGUCACACCGUCAUGAGCGAGGAGAAGAGUGAGGGUGAGCAUGAGGAGUCAGCGAGGGUGAAGAGCAGCUAACCCUGACUUUAACGCACCAUCUCUCUGAUAUUCAUCAUCUUCUUCUCUGUCUUCACAGGAGAGCUGGUUUAUAAGGCUCAAUCUCCAGAUGAGGGCGCUCUUGUGACAGCAGCUCGAAACUUUGGCUUUGUGUUUCGUUCACGAACACCAGGAACCAUAACCACCACGGAGAUGGGACGGCCUGUCACCUACACUCUGCUCGCCAUUUUAGACUUCAACAACAUUCGCAAGAGGAUGUCUGUUAUUGGUGCGCGGGAAUUAUGAUUUUCUAGUUUUAUAAACUGCUUUUACUGAGAGGAAAUGGUUAGUGUUAAUUCUAAAAUGAAUAUGGGGCUAAAAAACUCUAUAAUUUCAUUUUAUUUUUUAUUUUUUUUAACUGUUAAUAAUUUUCUUAUUAAAGGCUGCAGAGCAAAACUACUAGAGUCGUGUUCGGGGACAUACAACAAAGUAAAGGAUCAGCCUUAGGAGUUCGUACCUGGGACAUCAUUUUCUUUAAGACUUCAAAUUCCCAUUAUCAUAAAUAAACAUACAAAAUGUGAUCUACACCGACAAACUGACAGGAAUAGGCUCCCAUUCGUAGAUUACACUUUGUCCUUCACUUGGCGUUCUUGUGAUUGGGCUGUCAGUAAGGUGCUGGAAGUAUGCCCAGAAAUCCAUGCUAAUAAAUCACUUCUGCCCUAGCAACAACUUUGGUCUAGCAACAGGACCUCAAGGUCCAGAGCUCACAUUCAUCCGCUAGAGCCAAACAGACAUUUUUGAAGCUGAAAAGUAGGAUUUGAGGAUUAUUGACAGACUUGUGUAAAGUAUUUCCUCUUCACUACUCUCUGUUUUUUUUGUUUUUUAGUGCGUAACCCAGAGGGCAGGAUCCGUCUGUACUGUAAGGGUGCUGACACUGUGCUGCUUGAGAGACUAAACCCCAGUAACCAGGAGCUGAUGAACAUCACCUCAGACCACCUCAACGUGAGUCUCUAAACACAAAUGCUGACUCUUAUUAGCGUGGAUGGAGUUGUGCUGCCAUCUGGUGUUUACAAAAAUAUAGUGAACAGUUUUAAAAUCUCCUAAUAAGCCCUUACUCAGCUGUACUCUCCCCUGAUCGGACCAUAUCUAACAUAUCACCUUGACAUUUUGUGCUCCUGCUUCUGCAAAAUGAUUGAUUAGUAGACGGGGACAUUUCUCCAUCCCAACUCCUGACCAAAUGAUUUCAAAAUAAAAUAACAUCAAGACUUUGAAUUUGUGCCUGUGUUUUAUAAUUACAUCUCAGCGUAUGUUGGAUAAAAAUGUGUAUUUUUGGCUCUAGGAAUACGCAGCAGAUGGUUUGCGGACACUGGCGCUAGCCUACAGAGAUCUGUCAGAGGACAACUGGGAGUCAUGGUCGGAAAGUCACCGCUGUGCUGACAAGGCCACCAACUGCAGAGAGGACCGACUGGCAGCUGCUUAUGAGGAGAUAGAACAAGACAUGAUGGUUAGUGACAGUGUGCACCUCUGUGUGUGUAUGUGGACUGGACUUUUUCUCUGGGUGGAAUAUAUCCUUCCUCUCUUUAUUUGUUUGUGUGUGCAGCUCUUGGGUGCCACAGCUAUAGAGGACAAGCUGCAGGAAGGUGUCCCAGAGACCAUUGCUGUCCUCUCUCUGGCUAAUAUUAAGAUCUGGGUUCUUACCGGAGACAAGCAGGGUGAGACACACACACACACUUGAACACACAUUGUAAGAACAAAGUUUGCACACUGCUGUUUGUUACCCAGAAGCUCAUGCGGUCUAUGGUAAAUUCCAGGAACAUAUAAGUGUAUUUACACAACGGUAUGCAUUUACCAGAGAGGUCAAACAUAAAGCAGAUAGUACAUCCCCUAUGGUCAAUGUUUGCUGUAGAUUCAGCUGUCGAGAAGCUGACAGGACAGCUAAAGACUGUGAUUAUGUUGGACAGGAAAAAAGAUGUUACUCUGAAUACCAGUUGAGUAGAAUUAUUUGUCACACUGUUUUUACAGAUAAUCAAUAAGAAGGCCAGUGUGAAAGUAUUUGGAUGCUGUUGAACAUAAUAAAGCAUUAAUGCAUCAUAGCAUGGCUCCCCAAAAUAAAUGUUUGUUCAAUGCAUCACUUACACUCCAGUAAUGCUCCCUCUUCCCAUAUGUGUGUGUCUGUGUGUGUGUGUAGAAACGGCUGUCAAUAUAGGUUACUCCUGCAAGAUGCUAACCGAUGAUAUGACAGAGGUGUUCAUCAUCAGUGGACACACCGUGCAGAGUGUGCGGCAGGAGCUCAGGUCAGUCCAUCUUUCUGUCCAGCUGUUAGGUGUCUCUGUGACCAUACAGUGUGAGAGCCAUAAGAGAUCAGAAAUGAUUUAAAAUAUUAAUGCAUGCACGCCUGGAUUGAGUUUGAUGCUUUAAAUGAUGUGCAGAAAGUAUGAGACAAAACCCUUUAUCUGACAAAUGCUCUAUUUCAUUUCACUUUAAGAUCCAGUGAGGAGUUCUCAGCUGGUUUUCACACAGACCGAAACUUAGUUGGUUUCUCUUAUACCCUAAAAAGUGAAUAAAUCAAUAAACAAUGGACAGAAGGGCCCCUCUCUUAAUGGUUACAUUUAAUAUCUGAAAGCAUUGGUGGGGGAAUAGGUGUCAAACCAAGUUAAAAAUUGCACACUGCUAGCCUUUGUAGGAAUCUUCAUCUGCAAAUAAAUGUCACUGUUAGAAAGAAAAGGGGGAGAAAUAAAGGGUAAAUGGGUAAAUAAAAUAAACAAGCCAGUGGAAGUAAAGACGGCCCUGUGUUGUCUUCCUCCCUUCACCACCCGUCUUUCCUUUGUACCCUUUUCGUCUCCUUUCCCUUGUUCAUUUGUCACUCUUUAUUUACAUUUCACUCUUGGCUUUUAUGAGAAAGUAUAACAUUUAGAGCCUUCGAGUUUUGUUGAAUUGUGGUAGUUUGUCUUUUCAAGUGGAGCGUGUUAGUCAGUUCAUCCAGCCACAUCUCAGUCUUAAGAAGAAGCCUUUACACUCUUCAGUUGUAUAGUUACUCACUUCUUUGAGGUUGUAAGGCAUUGCUGUUAUUUUUGAUAGAAUGUAAAACCUACACACACCUGCUACCCUUUCAGUUUAAAUUUUCUUUUCUACUCCUUCACUUCUUAGUUUUUUCUUUUCUUUUUUUGUUUGUAUGAAUGAGUGUUUUUAAGUCCUAUUAAUUCUAAAAAUAUAUCUAAUGGCCCUUAUUUUAGAGUUAAUGUGUUUUAUUGUCACAUCCAGACACCAGGUGAUAUGUAGGUAAUUUGUGAUUGACUAUGCAGAUUUUGUGUAUAAGUUUUUUUUUCAAUUUUAAAAGAUUAUGAUCACAGAAAAAAGUCAUGUUAGUAGAAAUAUGUGGAGCACUAAUGCAACAUGUGUCAGUUUGAUUUCUUGCUUUUACAAGAAAGCCUGUCCAGAACUGAGCAGUGAUAGAUAAUUAGGGCAAAAGCAGUAAAGAAAGAUAGGUACCCCUUUGAUCACAGGAGGCACCUUCACUGACACAAUAAUAAUAAUUCUUGAUUUGUGAUUCUUGAUUUGUUUCUCUUAUUUACAGCCAUGUUGUGCUUGAAUUCUGUUCUUGUGCUGCAUACAAGCCAAGCUAAUGCUGAAUUUUUCUUCCUUCUCCAGGGGAGCCAGAGAGCGCAUGAUCGAGCUAUCAAAAGCCAGAGAUGGAGGUAAACAAGAGGGAAUGGAGGGAUGGGGAGAAGCGUGUUUCACGAGUUACGGGCUCAGAGAAGGACAAGAAGGAGGUGAUGCUGGAGGGAAACAGCUGGGGUGUCCUCCGUCUUCCCCACCGCCACCGCCACCUCCUCCUACUCCACCUCCCUCAUACCUCAUGGACAGCAUCUCUGGAGAGUUUGCCCUUGUAAUCAACGGCCACAGCCUGGUAUGAAUAACAGACACACACACAUGUACAGUCCAGGCUGCUGAGAGUUAAACUGUCAACUGUCAGGAAAUUGUGAGCUGCCAGGAAUGUGCAAUUUGCAAAACACAUAUUCUCUAUUGCAGUAUGUGCCUUCCACAGCUGUAACUCUGACCCUGUUGGAUUAACCCUCAAACUUGUUUAUUCUCUUCCCUGAACUCCUGUAGGCCCAUGCACUGGAGGCAGACAUGGAGGCGGAGUUUGUGUCGACAGCGUGUGCGUGCAAAGCUGUGAUCUGCUGCAGAGUGACCCCGCUGCAAAAAGCUCAGGUGGUGGAGCUCAUAAAGAAACACAAGAAGGCCGUCACCUUGGCUAUAGGAGACGGAGCGAACGAUGUUAGCAUGAUCAAAAGUGAGUAGUCAAGCAUGAACGCGAGAAGGAGAUUGGUUCUGGGAAGGAGGCGGGGUAGUGAAUAGAUUAGAAAGAAGAAAAAAAGAGGAGUAUCGGUUGCCAUGUGGGUCCACCUAUCUUAAACAGAUCCUCAGCAGACGUAGAGAAGAGGUUGUUUAUCUACAUGAUGUUCAUAGUGAUGAAAGCUGUGGGGAAAUGUGUGUUGCAGUACAUGCGAUGUCCUCAUCCAGUCAGGAACUGGUUGCUUGGCAGCUCCAACGCUGAGAGCAUGCCACUGGCCUCUCAACUAACCUCAGACUGUGUAAACAGUCUCUGUUUGAAGUGAUAUCAACGAAUGUGUAGUAAAGACACCAAAAGAUUCAGAACAAACAUAAGUGCUGAGGUAAAAUUUGAGAAGGUGUGAUUAAAAAUAACUUUGACGUGAACCCAGUUUAAUUGAAAUAGUGCAGGAAUAAAAAAACGUGGAUUGUUAGAUUUUAACUCAAAGCAUACAACAUUAAGUCUAAAGGUGGUCAAAGGUUAAACAGACUCUCUGUCCUUCAGCUGUUUAAGGUUAGAUUUUUGUUUGCUUAAAGCUGCUGUAAGGGAAACCAAAGGACAAAACUGUUUGCUCAGCUAUUAACCCCGGGGUUCUGCUUCCCUCUGUGUUUGUAAUAUUCAGAGUUUUGAAAGUUUUGAGUCAUCUUACACGACUGUCUGUUAACGUCAUAGGGACAAGUGCAUUUUCCGUGCACGAGAUGGCUUAAUUUCUUACAUGUUUUUAUGCAAGAGGUUCAGAGCUGAGCAGAAGUGGAGGACCUGACAGGGUGGGGUCGAUCACUUCCUGUGAAAAACAAAUCUAAAGACUCACUACUCCAGAUUUUUUACUCACACAUUCAACUCGAGAGAUGAAUGUUGCCGACCGCUUGCUUCUCUAGUUAUACCAACUUUUGUAAUGACUGCAUGAUAGCAAUACAGAGAGCCACACACUCAACCAGAACACCACUCUAUAGCCACAAAUAAUGCUCAGAACAACACCUAACUUCAUCAAUAGUACAUAUAGGGUCCCAGCCACAGUACUUGCCACCAAACAUCUUUUUAACUUUGCCUGAUUUCUUUAGCAAAGAGACUAAACACAACUCACCCACUCUCUUCCAGCAGCCGCUUGUUUGUACAGAGACCUCCGGGCGAGUCCAUCGACUGCUGCGGGGUGACGCAAUGGACUCGCCCGGAAACAAGUAUAAAUGCAAUCUUCAUCGCACAGGGGUGAAUGAAAUUUCAUAUUUGAAUCACUUUUCACUUUCCUCCCUGUUGUUAUUUCUAACAGGUGCUCAUAUUGGAGUCGGUAUCUCAGGUCAGGAAGGGAUUCAGGCUGUUCUGGCCAGCGACUACUCCUUCUCCCAGUUUCGUUUUCUGCAGCGCCUCCUGCUGGUACAUGGCCGCUGGUCUUACUUGCGCAUGUGCAGAUUCCUCUGCUACUUCUUCUACAAGAACUUUGCCUUCACCAUGGUGCACUUCUGGUUCGGCUUCUUCUGUGGCUUUUCUGCACAGGUCAGAGGGUGGAUGUCAUGAUGAUAUAUUUGCUGUCAAAGUCAGGAGUAGAGAGGGUGAAGUAACCGUUUUCACAUUUUCUUCAUCUUAUAUGUCCGUCUUCUCUUUCUUGCAGACAGUUUAUGAUCAGUACUUCAUCACUCUCUACAACAUUGUCUAUACCUCCCUCCCUGUGCUGGCCAUGGGGAUAUUUGAUCAGGUCUGUUUGAAUGAUGAUCACACAUGCUAUAAAUUUGUCAAAGAUCAGAGGGAUGCAAGAUAAAAGAUAAAAACGAUAGAGAUGGGGUUAUUCUGGAGCAAGAAAAGUACUAGAUAUUUUUGAAGAUAAAGUUUAACAUUCAUGAAGAUGUAAUUUUGCGUCUGUGGCUCAAAUUCAAGGAAACGUCUGGUAGUUUUAUCCUUUUCUGUUUAUUCAUUACCUCACAAUCUUAGGUACAACGUUUUUAUUUCAAAGUGAAGUACAGAAGAUAACUAGAUAGAUAGAUAGAUAGAUAGAUAGAUAGAUAGAUAGAUAGAUAGAUAGAUUUCCAUGGUUACGACUCACCCUCGCUCACUCCUCUCCCUCUUUCUGCAGGAUGUUCCUGACCAGAGGAGUCUGGAGUAUCCUAAACUGUAUGAGCCCGGGCAGCUCAAUCUCCUCUUCAACAAGAGAGAGUUCUUCAUAUGCAUCGCGCAGGGCAUCUACACAUCAGUGGUGCUGUUUUUUGUCCCGUGUGCUGUUCUGUCAGACGCCACCCAGAGCACCGGUGUGCCCCUCGCUGAUUACCAGACCUUUGCAGUCACCACGGCAACAGCUCUGGUCAUUGUGGUGAGUGUGCAGGUGAGUGAAUUCUGAGUUUACUUCAAACCAUGUAACUUCUUGCACUUUUGUUUCACCGUUGUUCAUUCACGAUGAUCCUCUGCUGUCUCUCAUUUGUGUGUGUGUCUUCUAGAUUGCUCUCGACACGGGUUUCUGGACGGUCAUCAACCACAUUUGUGUGUGGGGCUCUCUUGGCUGCUUCUUUGCCAUCAUGAUCGCUCUGCACAGUCAGACCCUCUUCAGGAUCUUCCCCAACCAGUUCAGCUUCAUAGGUCGGUCCCACUCAUUUCCUGUCUGUUGAUAUGCAUACUCAUACAGACACACACAUACACUAGAGCCAUUUGUUACAGUUCAUAUUACAAAGUGAAAAAAGAAGAAAAUUUAUGGUACCACUAGACACUGCAGGAAAAGAAGAGAUGAGAUAAAACUGAGAAGAAAAUAGAAAAAUCUUCAGAUAAAGCAAAAAAGAGGAAUAUUGCUGAUGAUACUGAAAGUAAAUACUACAGAUCAGGACAGGGACGAUAUGCUUUUCUCCCGAUUCGAUUCUUCUACGAUUUUUUGGAUGCCUCGUCGAUUUAAAUCGCGAUUCUACGAUAUUGUCGAUUUCCCCGAUUUUUAGUCUGCAAUUUUAACACUAGUGAAACAGUUGAAAGUUUAUGAUUGUCUACUGACUAUUCCAGAAACCAUAUUUCCCCAAAAAAGUACACAUCACAUGUUAGUCAGGUUUUAAGAUAUAUUCUUGAAUUUAAAAAACAUAAAAUUGAACAUAAAGAUUGAUUAAAAAAUUGUAAAACAAAAAAUCGCGAUACUUAUGUGAAUCAAUCUAUUCUCCUACCCUUACUCCAGAUGGUGUUGAGAACUUAAGAUAAAGUUGCUUUACAACUAUUUGGCCGUUACAGUGGGUUUAAAAUAAGUGUAUGAAGGUUGGAUCAGGGAAACCUAAAACAAAAACCAAUAUUAAAAUUCAACUAUUUAAACAUUUAUGAACUAUUCCCUUAUACAAGUAGAUGUCAAAAGCUUAAUUGUGACACAUGACUCAUUAGUAUACUUGUUGGACUCUGAUCUGCCACUGUUAUCCCAAGCACAUAUUUUAGAGAUCUCUGAAGAUGUUUGUGUUGUAAUAAAUACUCCAAGUUCCUCAAAUAAAUUUUCUCACGUUUUUUGUUUUUGUCUGUUUUCUGUGUAUUUGUAAGCACAGGUAGUGCUCAGAUCACGUUGUUGCAACCUGUCGUGUGGUUAACUAUUGCACUGGCAACAGCAAUAUGCAUAGUUCCAGUUUUGGCAUUCCGCUUUCUCAAGGUGGACCUUAAGCCUCAGCUUUCAGACACGGUGAGAAAACACACGCAAACACGUAUGUGUUCAUCCUCUUCAUUGCAACAUCUUCCUAACAUGUCAGUCGGAAACAAAUCUCAGCCUCAUGGUUAAGUGCAUGCAUGCAUGCAUACAGUUAAUUCAAGUAAAUGGGUUUAUGCUUAACACCAGAGCCCUGAUGCACCGCAAACACUCUGCAAAUAUUGACUCUAGUGUGUCCAGAUGACCCUAGCAGUUUUUAGUGCACGGGUGAAAGCUCAGUGUGUAGCCUUGUGAGUCAGAGUGUCUCUAACUUGCUGCAUCCAACUGAAGCGGCAGUCAAAGUAGUGUGACAAAGUUCCUUUUUUUGAUGGGGUUGCAGUUUCUGUUGCGUGUUGCUAUUCUGGGUAUACAUUUGAGUAAAACAGAGAAUAUAACAAUGAAAGGCUCAAAAAAAAUCCCCUUUGUGGGAGCUUGUUCUCUCGGUCUAACCUAAAAUAAUCAAGGCGGGAAAAAAGGGGAAAAGUUACUUCUGUAAAUUAGCUUGUGAACUCUGCUUGUACUGGUUUAUAUGCUGGGAAUAAGCUCAAAUGAUGGCUAAGAAUCAUCUAGUGUCCCCUUUGCCACAUGAGAUAACACAGUAAGACAUAGUGCUUCAUUUAUAUUAGCAAAGUGGGGCAUUUGGUAACUCUCUUCUCUGUUCCCUCUGUAGGUGCGUUACACUCAGCUCGUGCACCAGAAGAAGAGAAAGCCUGUAAGUCGUGGCGUGGAAAGGGGAUGGCGUGGCACCAAUAGUGUGUCAGAGGGCCGUCUGGGUGCUCGUGGUGGUUCCAGGAGGUCAGGCUACGCUUUCGCUCACCAGGAAGGAUUUGGAGAGCUGAUCACCUCAGGGAAGAACAUGCGGCUCUCGUCUCUGGCCCUGGCCACCUUUGCUUCCAGACACAGCUCCAGCUGGAUCGACACACUCCGCAGGAAAAAACACACUCACACUCCUCCCAGUGCCUCUGGUGAGAGCAGCCCAGCUCCCAGUAGUGUAUCUGGGUCAGCUCCACCGCUCUCAAACUCCUCCUCUGUCCUUGGUGGCUCACAAGACACACCCAUCGAGGAGGAAACUGGCACAGCAACAGCCCAAAAAUCACAGACGGUUCUCACUCCAUCUGCACAAACCAGACCAGCUCCAGCAUCUGAUUCAGAAGACCCCGUAUCUCAGACACCCUGUGUUGGUGUCCUCACAGCAACAGCAGUGAGAGCUCACGGGGGAGACUCACCUGGAGGCUGGACAAUCACUCUGGGUACUGUGCAGGUGAGCUACUUUUGUCCCCCUUUUACAUUAUAUCCCAUUUGAAACCAUACGCAUGGACUUAAUGUUUGGUCCUCCUCUUUCCAAUAGGAAGCUCUGUUUGGUUGGAGGGCUCGUGCCGUUACCUCCAACAACCAAGCUUCUCCAGCCAAGGAUAUCAACCAGAUGGAGGCAAAUCUUGGACAUGAAUAG